AACUGGUUUUGAAAGGAAUUUGAAGAUAAAUGAUUGGUUGAUCUUGAUGUUGAAUCUUACUACGUCAAAGGUAAGAGACCGUUUGAUUGGUCGUUGAGUCGCGCUAUGAUUUCCAUUUUACUAGGGAGCGGGAGGAAUCAAUUUACUAGUGUAAUUUCAUAUACGCUAUUGGCAGCACUGAGUUUUCCAGAACACUGCCCAGAAAUUAUUACACACAAGCGAGUGGCUAGUGUUUAGAAUGUUUGACAAGGCGUGUCCACCGCGAGUAAAUUAACAUGCGAGACCUUUUACAUAUUUUGUAUACAUACUUUGUUGUACAAAUGCAGUAGGUGAAUACAACAUACAUGUAGUUUUUGUUGGAGUGAUGUGAUCAUUAAUUUGAGAAACUAAACUCAUACAGAAGCUAGCUUGAACAUUUGGCAGUUUUAUUAAACAACUGUAUUAUUUAUCACUUUGUUGUUUACAUUAUGUCUUCUAGACAAAAUAUAUGUUGUUAAAUACAUAUUAAACAUUUUGCAACAUAUAAGGAAUAUACACAGUUCAUUAACUAUUCAAGGACUUCAUAAUUCAUCAAGAUGCAUUACGGAAAGAAGUCACCCAGCAUGGGAACACCAUCUGUAUAUUCCCAUGUAACUACUACUCGCAGCAGUGCGAAUUUGAGGUCAUCAAGAUCCGCGCGCAGUGUGAAAAUUCCAUGGUAUCAAAAACCAAUAGUCACACAUGCUUAUGUACUGGAUAUUCAAAGAGGUGCUAUGUUCACCGCUAUAUUCUCAUUGUGUCUGGCCUUUUUUACGAUAUGUACAGCUAUUUUUGAUAUCUAUUGCCUAUCACAAGCUGCACCUGGCUCUACUCAUUAUGGGUAUUACAUCAUAUCAUAUGAAUUUGUGUAUGUGGGCAAUCAACAUAUUCGAAAUGCACUGAUUGUUUUUGCAUUGUUCUCUUUGUUGGGUGGAAUAGUCGUCUUUGUGACUUCUAUGAUAUUGAUCAAGGCUCUGCGAAAAGAACAUGAGAAAAAAAUGGUGCCUUGGUUGUACAGUUUCGCCAUAUUCACUAGUUUUCGAUUGUUCGCCUUUUUAUUCUUCAGUAUUGUGAACGAUAUGAUAUUUGCCUACAAUAUUUUGAUAUGCCUUCUGUGGAUAAUAUUUGUCUGUGUUUCUAUAUACGGUUGGCUCAUUGUAUAUUCUUUAUAUCUUGAGCUGUGUGAUUUAACAAGAUUAGAAGAUCUGGCUCAUCUGCGGAUUGGUACAAUGCAAUCUCUGAAUGCAUCAACAACACAUUCUAUCGCUGGAUCUCGACCAACAACCCCUCAUAGUGCGGUAUCCACUAUGCCUGUUAAUUAAUUACAUGUGCACAUACAUAUGAUAUUAUAUUUUAUAUAUACAAAUUUUUCCUCGCGUCUUACACGUUAAGACAAGACGGCGAAGCAAUCAAAGCAGUUCUUUCAGCUAAGCAAUGAUAUAAGAUGACCAUAUAUUUAAACUAACACACAUAACGAACUUGAACUUGAUAAAAAAAAAGUUAUAUAGUUACACAUGACAGAGUAGUUGCACUGCUCUUUCCGAGAUCUUGCAAGAAGGAGAUCAAUUGAUAUUACAUCUUCUUUAAAGGUAUUUUUAAGGGACAGAUUAAUCGACACUAGUAUAAGAUAUAUGAUUUUUUAUUCAUCACUGUGCGAUAGCUCUUAAUAGUAGAUUUUAGUGACAGAUAUUUGAGAAUUUAUUGUAUCCAUGUGUAAGACAAAUUAUUAGAUCUAUAGUAAGUA